AUGAAUGAACAUUUGGUUGGAAGAGCUGCCUCAGCCAGUACCAACACGGCGGAUAAUCCUAUGUUUAAAACUGUCGGUAUAAUUCUUGCUUUGUCUAGUGGUGUUUUCAUUGGUACUUCUUUUGUAUUUAAGAAAAAAGGUCUUCUUGAAGCUCAAAAAGCGGGUGCAAUUGCUGGUCAAGGACAUGCUUAUCUUUCGAAUGGACUAUGUGCUGUAUUAUCUUCUAUAUUCCUUAACGAAAAGUUAAAUUAUGAGGGAAAAAUAGGUUGUGCUCUGUGUAUUCUUGGUGCCACGAUUAUUGUCAUACAUGCCCCCAGUACACAAGUAGCAAAUAGUAUCGAUGAAUUUAGGGAUGAGUUCUUUAAUCCUCUAAUCAUAAUAUGGAGAGUUGCUCCAAAAUAUGGCACAAAAAAUAUGCUCGUUUACAUAGGAGUUUGUUCUAUGAUCGGCUCUCUAUCCGUUGUUACCACCCAAGGUCUUGGUACAGCUAUUGUUACAACUAUAAUGGAUCCAAAUAAUAACCAAUUGACUAAUUGGUUCUUUUACGUUGUUGCUGCUUUUGUCGUCGUCACUUUGUUGACCGAGAUAAAUUACUUAAAUAAAGCGUUGAAUUUGUUCAAUACCGCGAUGGUAACACCUGUGUACUAUGUACUCUUCACUGGUUUAACGAUAGUAAGUUCUGCCAUCCUUUCCCACGGUUUUAACGCGCCUCCGAUUAGCAUUGUAACCGUGGUAUUGGGCUUCUCGGUAAUUUGCCUUGGCAUUGUGUUACUUCAAACUUCUAAAGGUGCUUCCAUGGAUGGUCGACAAUCUAUGUUGAUGGUGUCUACCGACCGUCCUAGUCCUCCGACUGUUGUAAACAAUGGUGAAAAUGAACCUGGUGCUUUGGAUAUUCGCGCUAGUUUCGGAAGUAUUCGUAGAUAUUCAAGUGGACGUACCUACCCGAUUAAUUCGAAUUCACAUUCUGGUUCUAAUAAUUUGCAAAGACGAUCUCAAAGCUUAAAUUAUGGUUCAAGCAUGACUGAAGGUUUAUCAUCAAUACUUGAAAGAUCUUCAAGCCUUUCAGAUAUUAAACGAGUUGAACGUCAAGAUGUUACUUCUGUUGCUCCAACCGAUGAUGAAUUUCAUUCGAAUCGAUUUAGUAAUCAACCACAAGAUUCUACAAUACAUCAUCAUGAAACAUUGGCAAGGAAUUCCUUUGUACGAUUUUUACCAUCUCCGGUAGAGGAGCAACAGACAACAUCACAUGGACAAAACCCUAUUCCUUCUAUAUCAUCACGGAAAAAUUCUUCUUCUUCACCAGGAUCUCCACAUACCGAUGAAAGAGUUAUAAACAUACCACCGAUUCCAUCACCUCUUCACCCAAUUGAUUACAUUCGACACCAUCUUUCUCCUACCGGUUCUACAUUUGAUUCAUCUAAUAACAAUAUCACUAGUGAAUCCUAUAGUGGCAUAACUCCUAGAAAUUUAAAUAGGAGUGGUAGUGCUUCGGGUAAAAAAGUACAAAGUAUGGGAUUUGUAGAUAAAAUUAAAUUAGGAAUUGGUGAUCAGGAUGAUGAUACUGAGGGGUUGGUGAGUAGCAACUAUUCUAGUGGGGAAAAUUAG